AUGCAGGAAACUCUUGGUUUGAAGGAAGGGACGGUGAUUUGUCAUAGGAUAAAAUACGCCCCUCACAAUCUCUAUCCGAACAUCCCUUGGGUCAACGGCAAACCGAUCCGUGCUCCAACUGCCUCCGAAAUUGCAUCAGCAUUUGAACAAGUCAAAUCAUACCAAAUGCUCACUUCUGGACUCAACAUGAUUCCAGAUCCUCUCGACAAAACUUCAGUGAUAGCUAUUGUAGAAUUUACUCCCUAUGAAGAACUAACUGAUUCUCAAAAGGAGGAUCUCAACUAUGUCUCUAAUUUUCUUCACAAGUCUAAACAAUUCAUCAAUGGUGUUAAAUCUUGUUCCAGAGUUUGGGGUGGCCUAAUGUGGGCCAUUGGCUGGAGGAAGUCGUAUGACGAGGACCAGAUUGUGGGCCGGUACAUCAAGGCGUUUGAUGAAACCAAAAUGCGGGCCUUUGAUGAGCAUUACGUCAAGUCUUCAAGAGUUGGUCAGAUACUUGGAAAUCUAUUCAAGGAUCUUGCUCGUACUCCUUUCCAAGACAACCAAGAUCUCAUGAAGAAGUAUAACAUCCCCUUAUUUCCAGACCUUGCUUAUGGCGAACUUCCCGAGGAUUCGACAUGCACUCCUCACAUCACAUUUACUACCAAUGGCUUUUAUAAUCCCCCACACAAAGACGACGAAGAUAUAUCCCAAUGGGCCUUUGUCUUGUUUCUUCCAACUCGCACUUCCGAUUACACUAUAGUAGACUCUUCUGAAUACGACAUUACAUCUGGACCUUUUAUUUUUCCUGAUCAUUGUAUUGGUAUUAAUUUUGACCAUCAUCAUGGGAUUGUCAAGAUGAUUUGGCAGGCAAAUAGGUAUACCCACUGUACUAUGCCUCACUCUAAGAGCUCUCGAUUUACUCGUCUUGGAAUGUCUAUUCAAAUCAACUCCACUCUAGCUCUUACUUGUGAAAAAUAUAUGAAGGGAUUCUACCAAAAUAUUGCCCACUAUUUUGGUGAUCACUUCUAUUACAUGUUUCGUAGUAUGGGUAGAAGUACUUUAAUAGCGACUUCAGUCACAAUUUUGUUUUACUUUACUCUUUUCUCUUCUUUCUGA